UUAAUAUUAAUAAAUUCUGGAAUUUUCUCAAAAAGUGUACUUUCUUGGUGUAUGUGUUAAUGAUUCCCCAUGUAUAUAAAAUUAUUAUAAUUUUAAAAGGGUUGUUGUCGUAUAUUUUGUAUAAACGUAAAUUAUAAUUAUAUUAUCUUCAUUUCUGUUUCAUUAAAUACAGUUUCAACAUCAGAAAAUGUAAAAUUAAUAUUUAAUGGUGUAUCAUACCAAAUUUUCCUUAUAAUUUAGUUUAAAAUGAUUAGAAUUUCAGCUAGAAGACUUGCCGGAGGAGCCGCCAAGCCACACUGGGGAGAGCCUCCAAAGCAUAGAUGGCAGCCUUUCCUACUAGAUCGUACACAUUAUGGAGAACAUCCCACGUAUAAUGGAUUUGUGCUACUUUUACGUUAUUUAAGACCGAGAAUUGAGAAGGUUUUCUCCUCGACUUUCUCAACUCUGUCCUCCUUAUCACUUUCUUUAUAUAAUCCCGUUAAAAGACUAGUCUUAAAACACAACCCUGAUAUAAGAUACCAAUUUGUUGCUCUUACCUCGUUUUUUUUAACCACAAGAGCUAUUACCACUUAUUACGGAAAUGUGUACCAAGGCAUUGUUGACCUUGGAAACAUGUUAAUGCUGGGAACAGCUGAUGAUUUGAAUGAGCAGGGCUUCUGGAACUCAAAUUUGGAGGACAGGAAGGAAAGAGAGAAAUACUUCGAGAAGGAGCAGGACCGUCUGAACAAGUUGUGGGAAAGAGCUCUUGAAAAGGCCACAGUCAGUGAGAGCUUUGAAGAUCUUUGCUCACUUGUAGUUCCAAAAUCAUAUGAAGUUCCAACAGGAGUAGUACCUCCAGUUUCAUGGAGAUUUAACAUGAUUCAGUAUGGAAAGGAUAACGAAGAUAGUCAUACAUUUGACACUCCUUCCCAUGAACAACCCUUGAGAUCUCUUGCACUUAACUUCACGUAUAAUAACCUCUCCGGGGACUGGGGAGAUUACAUUAAUAGGCAGGAUAAUAAAGGACCUCUAAUGAGACCUGCCAGGCAAAUGUUCACAGAUAUUUUCAUCCCCGGCACUAAAUAAUGUAGAUUCAACUUUUA